CAUUCUCCAUAUGCAGUGGUGAAAGUGAUUGAGAGAGAUUGAGAGUGAGAGUGAGAGUGAGAGCGAGGGUGAGUAGCGUGGAGGAAGAGGCUCUGGUCUGGUUGAAGAAGAUAAGUGUUAGUGACUAGUGAGAGGAAGGAGUGUGUUUAGCAAUUAUGGUUCGUGAUUAUGCUAAUCCAGCAGAACAUGUUACUAAUUAUUUGAGACAGCCUAAUGUGGCUAACAGGAAUUUGCUGCCUCGUAAGCUUGAUCCGCCAGAAUUGUGGCACCCGACGGUUGAUCAGGCUUUACGAACAACGGGAUUCUACCAUGUAUCAAGAGUGGGACAGAUUAGAGGGCAUUCCGCCUUACUGUCUGCUCUUGUAGAAAGAUGGAGGCCGGAGACUCAUUCUUUCGUAUUGCCAGUCGGCGAGGUUACAGUAACCCUAGAGGACGUGUUACACAUAUUUGGCCUACCGAUUGAGGGAGAGGUUGUGACUGGUUGGACCGAUAGUAGUCAGGACUUCUUGGUCAACCACAGCAUGGUGAUUUUUGGCAGCGAACCCAUUGUGAGUAGUUCAUCUAAAAGUUACAUAAAGCUAGCCUGGGUUCGCCAUAUCAGAGAUACACAGCCUCUAGAUACUUUGGAGUCUGUUCAACGAUACGUUAGGUGUCAACAACAUAUGCCCACGCAAAGUACCUACCACUGCUUCAAAACUUUGAGCAUAUCAGCACUUACAGUUGGGGGUCAGCAACUCUCGCACAUCUUUAUAGGUCACUGUGUCGUGCAUCGCGGUACGAUUGCAAGGAGAUGGAUGGCCCGCUUGAUUUGUUGUUCGUUUGGGCGUGGGAGCGAAUGCCCUUUCUUGCCCCCAUUCCAAGACAGCAGCUUGCACUCGCUGAUAUACCAGUUGCACGCAGGUGGAGUCAUCAUCCACGAACCAGGGCGUGGAUAUCGAAGAGCGUGGCGUCUAUUAGGCAUGACAUAGACUACAUGGAAGAGUUUGUCUGGCGGCCAUACCUCGACAUUAUCAUUCCAGCCGAACUACAUCACCACCUUGAUGUGUGUGACACGAUAGGGCCAUUGAUUUCAUUCGAGUGUGUCGAAUGGCAUCCUGUAGACCGAGUGGUUCGUCAGUAUGGGUAUGCACAGUCUCCCCCUCUGCCGGCACAGGCCAUCCCUCUUGACCAUCAUUGUUACACUCUUCGGGGAGUACAGUGCCAUGAUUGGAGCACAAUACUCAAUGAAUGGAUUCAACAGUGGGGGAACCGCCGCAGCAGUCGGUUGCGAGAUAGGAAUCUGCAACCAAUUGUUGACUUUAGCCCGUCUACCGAGUACCGUAGUUGGUACGGUGGAUUAUUCUGGAUGUACCUAAGGUUGUCGAAGUUGAUUCAGCAGCCACCCCAUUAUCCACCCCAGCAGCCAUAUGCAGUGUUUCAUCCAUUUCCUUAUCAUCGCCCACUUCUACCUCAGCCAUCACAGCAGUUGCCACAACCACCCCAUUAUCCACCGCAACAGCCACCCCAUUUUCCACCCCAACAGCCACCCCAGCAGCCAUAUGCAGUGUUUCAGCCAUUUCCUUAUCAUCGCCCGCUUCUACCUCAGCCAUCACAACAGUCGCCGCAGUCACACCGAGCAUUGGUGGACGGAUCGGCUCGUCGGAGCCAUCGUACCCCCACACCCGAUAGCCGAGCGAGUGGUUCCAUCGAUCCGCAUGUUGGGAUGAAUACAGGACGUCAGAAUGUGCUAGCAGCAGCUCCGAGCGAUCUGGACUUGAAUGCGUCGACAUAGCAGAAGGUUGUUGCUGAGUAUAUCCCUGGUCCUUCCGCUCCAGUAGAAGCAGGUGGGUCAGGUCCAGUCGAUGGAUAGGCAGUUGGUCAUCAGUACAACCUAGGGACAGAUGUCCGUCCAUCGAACAAGUUUACUCCGUCAAGUGUUAACAAGAUAGUGAACAAGACGAUAGGAUUUUUUAAGAAGAAACCGUGAGCUGAUUAGUCGAACUUAGUCUAUUUACUGUUUGUUUUAGUUGCACUCAUCUUCAAUUUAGUCGAACUUAGUUUAUUUAAUCUUUGUAUUAGUUGUA